AUGAAGCGGCGACGGCGAGAUUCCUAUGAGGACGGAAAAGCUGCUGCAGUGUCACGAGCGACGCCUCGCCAUUGCGCCUCGCGCGAAUCGCCCCGCACUAGUAGAAGCGCUCAGCAGCGUCCAAAUCAACACGGUAGCGUCAGCGAGGCGUCACCAUGCGAGCGCGAGGCGUGGCGAGGGCAAGCGGCAGGCAAUCAGGCCGUCCGCACCUCUCCGUGCGUCCUUUCCCCCGCGCACUCGCCCAAGGCCCGCCGAGCCCAGCAGACCCAGCGGCAAGGGGGGCAGCGGGGUCGCGAUGACUACGGCGCUGCCGCCGCGGCAGCGCGAGCGGCGGUCAUAACGGCGGAUGGCGCGGAGCCCAUCGGCAGCAGCGGCGACUGCGGUUGCGACUCGGAGGCCGCGCGGCAGGCGGAAGGGCAGGCGCCGCACCCGGAUGCGGCGCGUCGCGGCGCGUGCGCAUGUCGCUUCUGCAGCUGGCGGUUCGACUCGGAUGACGAGUCGGACUGCGAGCGCCCCUGCACUGCGCGGGACUCGCCGCGCUUCCGCCCUCAACCCGUGCAGGGCGGGUGGCAGGGGGCUGCGGAAACAGGCGUGCGGGGAGCGGCGCCGUGGGGAGCAGAGCUGGGGGCAGAGAACGGCGAGAGUGGCGAAGGGAGGGCGGAGGUUGGGGGGGCACGUGGUGGAGGCGGAGAACAUGAGGGGGUACAGAUUGGCGGAAGGGGAAUUUACCCCGCGGGGCGGUUCGUGGGGAGCGACGGGGAGUGCCUGGUGCUGGCUGGUUGGGACGGGUGCUGCGUGCUGCUGGACUCGAGCACUCUGCAGCCACCGCUGCACUACUCACCCUGCCCCAGCCACUCGCCACCCCAUGCCACUUCACCACCGCCCCACACGCUCCUUCUCCCCCCUGUCCCUCCCGUCAUUCCUCCCGUCAUUGCAGCGGAGCAGGGCAGCACGGGGUGUGCAGGUGCAGGCAAGCAUGCGGAGAGGGGGAGCACAGCAGAGGAGAGCAGUCUUGCGCCGCACCACUCACGAGCGUCACACCACUGUUGCCCACCACGACCUGCACGCAUGCACAACCACCUUGCACCGCAGCAAACCACUGCUGCUGCAGCAGGCAGCAAAGUGCCGCUCACACCACCCGCCUCUGAAACCCCCUCCCUCACUCCGCCAACCCCCCAACCCGCCUCCCUCCCCGCCUCAUCCCCGCAUCCGUCCCCACUCCCCUCCCCGCCAAACUCCCCCGCCCACCCUCUGCCGCCCGCACCGCCGUCCUGGAAGCACCUCUCGCCGCCCGAGUGGCACGCCGCCCCUUGCGGGGCGGCGCUCGCAAUGGUGCAGGCGGGCGGCAGCGACGUGCGCAUCUGGGACGUGCGGGACGGCGGGGUGGCGGUGAGCAUGCAGACGGAGGGCGCAGUGGAGCACAUGGCGUGCUGUGCGCCCAUGCUGUGGCUGGACGACGAGCGCCUCGUGGUGGUGGAGGAGGGCGGCAGCGUGGGGCUGUGGCACGUGGCGGGGGGGGAGGCAGUGCUGUUCCACCACGUGCAGCUCAUGGACCAGUGGGGCGAGGCCGAGCGCGUCUGUGCCAUUGCUGUCAUGCCAGGGCGGCGCUGCAACAAACGCCUCUUCCCCUCGCUGUCAGUGCUGCUGCCUGCGCUCAUUGCGCUGAGGGGCGAGGGAGUGACGUGUGCGGUGGCAUGCGAGAGCGCCAUCUACCUGGCGGAUUGGAGCACCCCGGCUGUCAUCCUCCACCGCAUCCCCUCCUCCCACGCCCGCCCUCCAGACGCCAUGUGCUUCGCCGGCACGUCUCUCUUUGUGGCACUGCCGUCGCUGCCACAUGAAGAUGGUGCAGCCGUUCAACCUUCUCUCCGCUGUCCCUCUCCCACUCCCUCUCAUGACCUUCCUACAACUUUUGUUGUUGCACACCCCCUCGCCCCCGCCCACACCCCCACCCGUUCCUCCUCCCUUUCGGCGCAUCGAGCUGCAGCCAGGGGCGGGACAGGGAGCAACUGCAGCACGGGCCAGGAGGGCGAGCGCUACCACCUGGACUCGCACGUGCCGCGCGCCAGCAGAGGGCCGCUGCUGGCCGUGCGCGUGCACGCCGGGCGGCUGUUUGCGCUGCAUGCGGGCGGCGUGCACGUGUUCCGCCUGAACCGGGCGGCACAGCGGGGCGGAGGAGGGGUAACAGGCAGGAGUGCGGGCGGGGAUGGGGGGUAUGAGGUGCGGGGGCGAGGUUACCAGCGGAUGAGGGCAGUGCAGGGGAGGAGAGGCGGAGGCAGGUGUGGGAGUGGGGCAGACUCGCAAGUCCCAGUGCAGAGAGUGGUGGAGUGCGGUGAGGCGGUGGGGGGGAGAGAGAGUGGAGGAGCAGCGCAAGUAGCGGCAGCAGUGCUUGGUUCCCAUGCAUGGCGCAGUGGGGCGGUGGUGGAGGGCUCUGAUGCGGGCAGUGAGGGGGAGCAGGGAAGCGAGGGGGAGUAUGGACGAGAGCAUGGAAGAGAGUUGUAUGAAAUGGAGGAUGUGGAUGGGCAGGAGGGUGAGGAGCGUCAGGACAGCAUUCCGAUGGCCUUGGAGUGCAGCGGCGGUGGUGGCGGUGGUGGAGUGGGCAGUGGGAGGUGCGAGGGGGAGACAGUGGAGGAGCGGAGGCUGGUGGGGGUGGUGGGCAGGCGGGAGAAUGGGCUGCUGCACCCAGCCAUAGACGUGGUUGGGGAUAGGCUGCUGCUCGUCUCUGCCAACCAUCCGCCAUGUCUCUAUUCUUGUCCCUGA